AGACCAGACUUCUUGUUCUGCCACUAUUGUGGUUAUAUUUACAAUUUGACUACAUAUCAGUAAACUUUACUUGAGCAUCAUCAAUAGUAAACGAAUUUAUAAUUAAUGUUAACCUUCAUUUGUUAAUAGUCAAUAAUGGCUAAUAGAACUGUAAAAGAUGCAAAAUCUGUUCACGGAACGAAUCCUCAAUAUUUAGUGGAAAAAAUAAUUCGCUCCAGAAUUUAUGAUUCCAAAUAUUGGAAAGAGGAAUGCUUUGCACUUACAGCAGAACUUCUUGUGGAUAAAGCUAUGGAGUUACGAUUUAUAGGUGGUGUUUUUGGAGGUAAUAUAAAACCUACUCCAUUUUUGUGCUUAACUCUCAAAAUGCUACAAAUUCAGCCAGAAAAAGAUAUUGUUGUUGAAUUUAUAAAAAAUGAAGAAUUUAAAUACGUGAGAGCGUUAGGAGCCUUUUACAUGAGGUUAACUGGAUCAUCUCUUGACUGUUACAAAUAUUUAGAGCCAUUAUAUAAUGAUAACAGAAAAUUAAGAAGACAAAACCGCCAAUCCCAGUUUGAGAUUGUACAUAUGGAUGAAUUUAUUGAUGAACUUUUAAGGGAAGAAAGGGUUUGUGACAUAAUACUGCCUAGAAUUCAGAAACGUUCUGUUCUGGAAGAAAAUAAUGAGAUAGAAGCAAAAAUAUCAGCUUUAGAAGAUGACUUAGAUGAUGAUAUAGAUAUAGAAGAUGAAGAAUUAUUGAAAUAUGAUUUGGAUGAAGUACCCAAAGAAGAAAAAAAAGAAAAGAAAAAAGAUAAAAAAAGGGAUAGAAGUCGUUCAAGAGACAGGCAUCACAGUAGAGAAAGAGAAAAGCAUAAAAAAGAUAAGGAUAGGGAGAGGGAAAGGGACAAAGACAAAAGGGGUAAAGACAGAAGUAGAAGAGAUAGAGAAAGACGAAAAGAAGAAAAGAAAAGAGAUAAUGAUAGAAAGAGAAGAUAAAUUUGGUAUUACUAUAUAAAUUUUUUUUGUGAUUUCAAAUAAAAAUAAUCAAUAUAGAAAAUGAACAUUUUCAAUAUAAUUUAUUCAGUUUUAAUGACAUUAAUUAAAAUCAGUCGUCUAUAUAUAUAUAUAUCAAUAUCAAUAUUCACCUUGUCUGGAAAAAUCCGGAAUUGUAGAAAAAUGUAAUCAUUUAUCUGUCAACAUGUAUUUUGGAUAAUACAAAUAUAUUAUUCGCAUAACG